ACUGUUGAACUGUCUGUUGUCUUAAAAGCAGUUCUUCUCCUAAGACAUACAACAGAACAUUCAGCAAGUUUUUCGGCCGAAACAUCCUAGACGCGUUAAGAAGAAAUAUGCAAACAUUCAUUCCAGAUCUCACUGUAGACAGUGCAGUGUAGACAGUUCCCUGAUUUAUGUUAUUUGUGGAGCAUUGAACCAAUUUUAACAAAACGAAAAUAUUAUCAGAUGAUAUUGCCCUCAGAGAAGUAUUUACAUCAGAUGCAGCAUAUAUAAUUAUUAUUUUUUUAAACAAGUAGAGGAAAAUAUCCUUCAGAUCAGAAUGAACUUCACAUAAAUAUCUGGUGAAUAUCAAUGAAACAUUAUUGAAAAGUAUUUCUUCUCAACUGGAAUGUUUAUAAAAUAAUUUUGUGUUCUCAUUAAACUUGGACAGAUUUACAAAAAAAAAAGUUCACAAUAUCUUGUGAUAUUGAUGAAGAUCACAGCUGAUGGGGAACAUAGCAAUAGAUAAAAAAAAAAAAAAGAGAGUAAAAUAAAAAAAUAUUUAUAUAUUUAGAAUUAACUGAUUUGACAGUUGUAGAUAUUCGGAUGCACUGAGCAUGAAUUUUUACUCAGUUUUGCUCUAUCGGGUCCUGAUUUUGACAAUGUAUAUGACCUGUGCUACAUUCAAAUGAAAUCCCCCAUUCCAAUAUUUAAGAGUGUGCCACCUCAAGAAUUAGUUGAAGAUGUUCCAGAAAUAUUUUAUCCCAUUAGCAUUCAAACCGGCCAUAUCUGGCCAAAAUAUUUAGCCUGUUUUAUAUUGAAACUGACCAGAUCUCGCCUCUCACCUCAGCCCUACCAUGUCAUUCUAAAACUAAAAAAUCACAUCACUGAAAUCUCUAAACUACAAGAUAAUGAAUGAUUAAUUCAAAAGAAUAUAAAUAAACAAACAUCACAUCUAACAGAAUAAUCUGAACCCUAAAGGGUUAAUGCACUCUGAGGAGUCUGACACUGAUUUUGAUCCCAGCAUAUUUGAAAAUCAAAAUGAUCCAGAAAAGUUUACCCAGGUCAAAUUCAAUAAUGUUGUCAGGGAUCUAAAUUUGCCAACAAAAAAAAAAAGGGGGCUGUGGAAAUUUUGACUUCAAGGCUUAGAGAGAAAAACUUGCUUACUUCAAACACAAAUUACAUUUUAUAGAUAAAGAGAACUUCUUGAAUAUUUUAGAACAGAGGAUAGUUUAGUAUAUUGUGGAGGGAGAUGGAAAAUGAGGUUUGUGCGAACAAGGUGAAACUUAAAACAUUGUCUGAAAAUAUUGACUGUCCUAUUGACAAAAGGAUUAAGAAAGGGAAAAAGUCGUUUGACUGUGAUGUCUGUGGUAGAUCAUUCUCCCAAAAGGGCAACCUUACUACACACAGACGUACUCAUACAAGAGAGAAGCCAUAUCACUGUGAUACCUGUGGUAAAUCAUUCUCUCUAAAUCAUCACUUAACGAUUCACAAACGCAUUCACACAGGAGAGAAACCAUAUUGCUGUGAUAUCUGUGGUAAAUCGUUCUCUCAAAACAGUAAUCUCAUUAUUCACAAACACAUUCACACAGGAGAAAAACCGUAUCACUGUAAUAUCUGUAAUAAAUCAUUCUCUCAGAGUGGUUACUUAACUACUCAUAAACUUAAUCAUACAGGAGAGAAACCAUAUCGUUGUGAUAUUUGUGGCAAAUCAUUCUCUCAAAGUGGGUACUUAACUACUCAUAGACUCAUUCAUACAGGAGAAAAAACGUAUCAGUGUGAUGUCUGUGAUAAAUCAUUCUCUGGAAGUAAUAGCUUAGCUAUACACAUACGUAUUCAUACAGGAGAGCAACCAUAUCACUGUGAUAUCUGUGGUAAAUCAUUCUCUCAAAAAAUUGUUACUUAACUAGGCACAAAUAUAUUCACUCAGGAAAAAAACCAUAUCGCUGUGAUACCUGUGGGAAAUCAUUCACCCAAAGUGGUAAUUUAACUAAGCACAGACGUAUUCAUACAGGUGAGAAACCAUAUCACUGUAACA